UCAUCAUGAACUCAACCCCAAUCCCAAUGAUGGAAACUACUAACUUUACUAACUAUGAAAACAGCUCAAACAUGACCACGGCUCCACCGUUCUACUGCGAUGGCGGCUGCAUUUUCUAUUCAUUAGCAAAUGCGCUCAUCUUCAUCCUGGGUGUGGUUGGAAAUGGUCUGGUGAUCUGGAUCGCUGGGUUUAAGAUAAAGAAGUCCAUCAACUCUACCUGGUACCUGAGUCUGGCCCUGUCUGAUGUCCUGUUCUGCUGCACUCUGCCCGUCGGUAUUGUCCAUGUGGUUAAAAAUGACUGGAUCUUCGGACUUUUCAUGUGCAAGUUCAUUUUUUUCAACAUGUACUUUAACUGGUUCAGCAGCAUCUUCCUCCUCGUCAUCAUCAGUGUGGACCGCUGUGUGGUCGUGAUGUUUCCAGUGUGGGCGCAGAACCACCGCACCACCAGAAAGGCCUCUGUGAUCGUCUUGCUGGCCUGGAUCACCUCUGCAGUGUGUAGCUUGCCGUCAGCGAUUUACCUGGACAUUGAAUAUGAUGCUGACUAUAUGCAAACUGUCUGUUUCACUAAUUACGAGAAUGAUCAACAGCAAGUUACUGAUGUGGUGUGCAGGUUUGUUUUUGGGUUCAUGAUCCCGUUUCUGAUUAUAAUCUUCUGUUAUUUCAUCAUCAUACGAAAACUCAAAUCCAACCAGAUGGCGAAAUCCCUAAAGCCUUUCAAGAUCAUGACGGUGCUGAUCGCUGCUUUCUUAAUCUGCUGGCUGCCCUUUCACAUUGUUGCUUUGUUGGACCUUAAUUAUGAGAAAUAUGGGGGUUUUACUGAAAAAGCACUUACAGUUUGUGUCAUAUUUGCCAACGCUAACAGCUGCCUCAACCCGUUUCUUUACACCUUCAUGGGGAAGGACUUUAAGAAGCAGUGUUACUCAGUUCUGACCAAGAUUGAGAACGCAAUCCGGGAGGAUGAGAGCCAAUACAGACAACGAGGCUCCACGGUCACCAACUCUGGAGAAACCAACCUUUCAACCAGUGUUCACUGAGUGACUGUUAAAAGAUUAUUUUAUAAAGGCUUAUUCCAACAAGCAUCAGUUCUAAUAUAAGCUUCUUGGCCAUGUUCCCUUUGAAGAGACAGUACCGUGUUAAAUACAGUGUUACACAAGCCAGAAUACGUUUUAUAUUUGACAUUCUUCAAAGUAGCACCUCUUGCUUAGAUGACCGCUUUGUACAUUUUAGCAUUUUCUCAGUCAAGGCUUAAUUUUUUGCCUUAUUUAAUGUGUUUGAGAGCAGCAGUUUUAAAGUUGUGAAGAGGUAGAGUUGGUAAGACACAGUGAUUAGCUCUAUUUCAGUAAUGUUCUAAUCCACAUUAUAGAGCUAAAAAAAAUACUUAAAAAAAUGAACGUCAGUCAACCUGAAAAACUUCAAGAGCUUUCAAAGUAUCCUCAAGUGCAGUCACCAUCAUCAAAUCAUCAGAUCAGCAGAUCAUCAAAAACGUUAUGAUGAAACUGGCCCUCAUCAGGACCACCUCAGCAAAGGAAGAGCAAGAGUUUCCUCUGUUGUACAGGAUAAGUCAUCAGAGUUUUCAGCUUUAGAAACCACAAGUUAACAGCUUCACACCUAAAUGCUUCUUCACAGAGUAGUUUGGUUUGUUUAACACUUUUAAGUUACUACAUUCCUUAUGUGUUCCUUCAUAGUCUGGAUGACUUUAGUAUUCACUUAUAAUUAGGGGGGAAAUAUCCAAACUUUUGACUGUGCUGAAUAUAUAUAGAGUGAUUAACAACCAUUAAAUGCAGUGCUUUAUAAUUACUUAAAGUACAGAGCUAAGGGAUUAGUACAGCUGCCUAUGAAACAGUCACGUGUAGGAUUUACUUACAGUAUUUACAUAUGGUUUGUGUCUUGUUGGUCACUCUGUUACCGUUUAUUGUUUCCACUGGAGCCAAAAUGCAGCCAGACAUACAACUUAAAAAGAGGGGUAUGCAGCCUUAGUGACGCAUAGGGGCGCUGCACUAAAGGGGGCCCCAAAUGAAAGCCCCAAAUAUUUUUUUUCUCAGGAGAAACAGCCAAUCAGCUUGCUGGUUUUGCGGAGCGCGGUGGGCUAGUAAUGACAGAACGUAUCUCUUCCACCCCCUCCCGCAUACACCACAAACAGAACGUGUUGUGUUGCCAGAUCCCGCUUAAAAAGUCCACACUAAACUUUUUUUCCCGAGAGACAGGUUAAAGCUUGACGAGAAAUAUCGUCACGUUUAAUCUCGCGAGAUCUCGUGCCACGAGAUCUCAUCACACCCCUAGUAAUCACAGAGUGAGGAGGACUGUAAAAGAGGAUGUGCUUUUCUAUUGCAAAAACUAAAGCCAUCACAAGAUCUACACGUCUGUGGUAAACUGAUUUACUGAAAAGUCAGUCCCUCAUGGUACAUAGGAAAAUCCCCUGCAGCUGUACAGAUCUGUACUGAAGCAGCUGACAGAGCUGGGGCUUUUACUGCUCAUGAUUCACUAACUGAGUUUGUGACAUUUACUGCAGGUCUUACGAUGUCUUUAGUUCUCACAGUUAAACAGCUUUAAGAGUUUUUACUCAGAUUUUAAUCAGUUAAUACAUUUUGCUCUCAUCAACUGUUGCACAGUGACUUGCAAAAGUAUUCGGCCCCCUUGAACUUUUUAAGCUUUUGCCACAUUUCAGGUUUCAAAUAU